CGGGCGCAGGCGUGCGGCGGGGCCGUGUUCUCGCGAGGCGCUGGGGCCGCCGCGGAGGCGCGGGCCGGGGCUGGCCGGGCCGGGCGAGAAAUUUGAUCUUAAAAGGCCCGGUGUGCAGGGGCCAUGGGUUUGUCCGCAUCCGCCCCGGCUGCUGCAGAGCAGUCACCAAAUUCAUCCAGGCAAUAUCAGACAGCGUCUGCACCUUCAGAAUGUCCCAUGCAUCAGGAAAAAAUGAACGGUUGUCCAAUGCACAUGAAGACUGCUGAUCACAGAACUGAGAACACAGAUGAUGUUCCUGCACAUCAGGAAAGAGCUUACGAGUUUGUAGCAUGUCCUGUGAAGUCUGGUGCAUCUCAAAUGAAAGAUGACAUAGAUCCCAGCAAUAUGAUGCCUCCUCCCAAUCAGCAGCCAUCCCCAGGUCAACCAUUUCCACUGUCAACUGUUAGAGAAGAAUCUUCCAUUCCUAGAGCACAUUCUGACAAGAAAUGGGUCUACCCUUCAGAGCAAAUGUUCUGGAAUGCUAUGCUAAGAAAAGGGUGGAGGUGGAAAGAUGAUGACAUAACAAGUGAAGACAUGACCAACAUUAUUAAGAUUCAUAAUCAAAACAAUGAGCAAGCUUGGAAGGAGAUUUUGAAGUGGGAAGCUCUACAUGCUACGGAAUGUCCAUGUGGGCCGGCACUGAUGAGGUUUGGAGGCAAAGCGAAGGAAUACUCACCAAGAGCCAGAAUACGUUCGUGGAUGGGGUACGAGCUGCCCUUCGAUCGCCACGACUGGAUCGUUGACCGCUGUGGGAAGGAGGUGCGCUACGUGAUCGAUUACUACGACGGCGGAGCGGUGGACAAGAACUACCAGUUCACCAUCCUGGACGUGCGCCCCGCGCUGGACUCGCUCUCGGCCGUCUGGGACAGAGUGAAGGUGGCCUGGUGGCGCUGGACUUCCUGACUGCUCUGUGGUGUGUACUUGAAAGUUACUGCUUUCCACUAGACAAUGGACUUGGGAAUAUCAGGACUUGAGACAGAAGUUCACUGCAGCUGUCAUUGCUUUCAUCAUCACCACUGUUCUUUUGGGGUGGGAAGGGAGGACAGAGGAAUGUCUUGUUAAGUACACCAAUGCUUUGUGGUGUUUCAAAUGGAAUAAUAAAGUUACAGUGGCAAAAACACGUAUCUUAAUUUUCUUAAGAACUGAGAAGCCUUUCUUUGUCGCAGAUUCUGUGUAAGCUUGCCUUCUUUGCAGUUCAUUACUUCAGUGCUGCUCCAAAUACAUUACAAUUCUGAUUCUGACUGGAGUUUUGAGUAUUACUUCAUUAGUGAAAACUGGAAAUUUCAUAAAUUAUUUCAAAUAUUUAAAGUAUUUGGAUACCUCUGUGAUGAACGAAGAGUAAAAAAUCUGGACUCUUUCAAAUUGCAUGGUUUAUUUAUACCAUUAAACCACGUGUUUUUUUUCACAUGGACAUUUUACCUAUUCAAAUACAUACUUCCUCAGAAAACUUAAUCAGUUAAUAAGUUAAAGGAGGUGUAGUGUGGUAUGAGUAUUUUAAAGAUAUAUUACUUUUCUCCUUUCUCCUGUAGAAAAGGACAAUAUACUCCUGCCUCAGUCUGGAAUUUUUCUUUGAGCAGAAGAACAUGUUAGAAGCAGGAAAUGGGUAUCCCUUUAAAACAGCAUUUCUAAAAGGACAUAAAAUUGAUAUUUAAUGGCUAUUUAUUUGAAUAUUUACAAGGUGGUUUUCUGAUCUAGGAAGAUGCAUUAUUACAGUAUUUUCAUGUCUGUAAUGUGUGUCAUGUAAUGCAUUCAGGACAGAGCUACGCCUUAUUUAAAGAACCUCCUGCUGUGCAUCUGUAUUUGGCAUCCUGGCUGCAUUAAUGAUAUUUAUUACAGCAUGGUUUUUUAUAUAACAAAGAAUUGCACAAGGGGGUGUAACUACCCAGUCACACAGGUGAGUAUAGUGAGAUGUGUUACAGGUGUGUACAUAACUGGCUGAAAGGGUAUCAGAAGUGCCAAGGGAGAGGGCUGAUAGGAGUGUUGUAAGAGUGAUGCAUGACAUAAAGAUUGAUCAUUGUGCUUAGUAGGGGGAACUAACUUUUAGUCUUCCACUGUAAUAGCUUUAAGUUUGCACAACUCAGUAAGUCUCAGGUGCUGUGCAAGACACUUGGGAAUGGAAAGGAGUAAGAGAAUAGCACAUUGCAACUUCUCAAAUGGGGGAAGCUGCCUUCUUGAAAUUGCCCAGCCUUAACAGGGAACUACACUGUACAUUUCAUUUUCUAAAAGUGGCCUGGAACCUUUGGUUUCUUUUGCUUUAUCUUUUUUAUGGGAAAGCCCCUAUUAAUGUUUCAGGAAAGUCACUUCCCAUUUAGGGAAAAAUUAGGGAAGCUUUCCAACUUCAGAAUUCUAAUGAUCCCAAAUAGUUUCCACUUCAGAGACAACUGUUGUGCAUGGUAAAAUAAAUAUCCAGAAUCCUAAGUGGAAAACCAUGCUCUUACCCAUAUCUACUUUGCUAAUUCCUUUUUCACCUUUACAGUGAUUCAGAUAUAUAUAUAUAUCUAUAAGAUAAAUGAAAAGUGAGUUGACUCAUGAAGGAACUGCUCUGUUCAAACCGUAAAGAUUAGGAGCAUCAUUUUGGGAUGGUGGGUUUUUGGGAUUUUUUUGGUAGCUGUUGGUUUAUGCAUUUGGCAAUUUGCUACGCUGAGGAUUUUGUAUUUCUCAUCAUUAAAUAUGGAAAGGCUGCAUCACUGUAGGGAGUACUUCAGAAGCUUCAAAAGCACAAGUUUGCUUUGUUGAUUUUGACAGUGUGAUGUUGAGAGCAUGGAAAUUGUAGUUGCUGCUAAAUCUGGGGAAACUUACAAGCCACUUCAUGUGUUGGCUAUCUCCUGUUACUUUCCAUCUUCCACGUAUUCAAAAUUGUUCUUUUCUGUGCUACUGUUAAUGAAAUGUGACUACUUUGUCAUCAAACUAAAAGGAUAAUCAAAUAAAUAUACUUUUUAAACUUU